ACCUACAAGCACCAAAACAGGCUGACCGCGCGACCGCGACGGGGGCGCAUUUUCGCUGCCUGUAGUCUUAACAAUUUUUUUUUUUCCCAUCAAUAAAUUAAUUAAUAAUAUUUUCUUACACAUAUUUUAUAUAUUAUUAUUAAAUAAUAAAUAAAAUAAUAAUAAUUAUUAUCUACUCGCGAGUGUGUAAGUGUGUUUGUGUGUAAAUUUUUUUAAUAUAAAAAUAAUUUUUUUUUUUUUUUUUCAUUUCUUUUUAUUACAACCACAAAUCAAAGUGAAAAUUUUUUUAUAAUUUUAUUUAUUUAUUUAUACCUAUAAUACCUAUUUCAUUUGUUGAUUUUAUUUUAAUUUUUUUUAUUGUUUAAUUUUUUAAUUGUCGUUAGUAUAAUAAUAAUAAUACUAUUAUUAUUAUUUUUGAGUGAUAUAUAUUGUGCCUAUAUUUUACAACAAAAACAACAACAACAACAACAACAACAACAAUAAUAAUUAUUUGUUAUUAUUUGUGUGUGUGUGUGUGAUAUACCUAAUAAUUGAAGGUUAAUUUUAUUUAAAAUAUAUUUGUCAUAAAAAGAGUGACAGAAAAUUAUUUAUUUAACUGCAAGUGACGCCUGCAGUCAGCUGUUUUGAUUUUAUACAUGGAAGGCAAUACUGUCAGUGAAAAGACAAAUGAAACAAAUGACUGUAAAAAUAGUAAAACCAAAAUGUUGGAAAAAAAAACGAGUAAAUUAAAAAAUUUAGAUAGCAUUGAAAAAAUUGAAAAUGGUGAUGAAGAAAAAAUUGAAAAUGAUGGUUCAAUAACAAUGACAAUGGAGGAUAAUGAUGAUGGUAAAUUUGGAAUACAAAAUAAUGAUGAUGACGAUGAAGAUGAUGAUGAAAAUGAAAAUGAUGAUGAUGAUGAUGAUAAUGAUAAUGAAGAAGAGGAAGAAGAAAAAAAAAUAUCAUCAACAAGUUCAUCAUCAACGUCUGAUGAUGAAUCCGAGGCAACUUCAGAUGAUAAAACUGAAGCAUCAUUAACAAAACAAGUUUUAUUAGAGGUAGAAAAUCAAAAUGUGCCAGAUAAAAAAGAUGAACCAGCCAAAAAUGAUGACACAACUGAUGACAGUGAUAUUGAUGAUGAUCUUGUUUCAACAAUUAAUUACAAUACCAUUACAUCAUUAACAGCACUUAAAGAUAUGCUUCAAAGUUCUGGUGAAGAUUCUGAUGGUGUUGAUAGUUUUUUUCAUCAUUAUUUUUUAUCACAUGUCAAUAGAUUACCAUCGAGAAAUCAAAAUCAUAGUCCAUAUCCUUGGGGUAGAAGAUUGUCAGAGUGUCGAGAAGAAGAUGAAUAUGAAACUGAAGAAGCUAAAUCAAAUGAUAAUCAUACAAAGACUGCUGAUGUUGAAAAAAAAAAUAAAAUAACAAAUCAAGAGUCACAAGAAAAAACUGAAAGUUUGCCAUCAAAAGCAUCUAGUCCAUCAUCAUCAGAAAAAUCAAGUUCUGAAAAAAUAGAUCAAAAAUCAAAUCCAACAUCAAGUGUAUCAGAAUCAAGACCACCACCAAGUGCAUCAACUGGUUCACGUUUUACAACAACAACUGUAACAUCACCAACAUCAAAUAAACCACCAUUACGUCGUCGUCAUACUGCUGGUUCACCAAUGACAUUUCAGGCAACUGAUCCACCAAGUUAUUCAAGUAGCAUGAUAUUUUCAAAAACAAGCCCUCUACCAAGUCCUCAUAUGGAUAAAAAAUUUUUUGAUUCAAAUUUAAUUGAAAUUAAAAGUCAAGCAAGUAGUACAAGUACUUUGGAUUAUUCAUCAUCCACUGAAGACAUUUGGGUUCGACGAAUUGAUUUUGUUCAAGAACGCAAAAGACGAGAACUUGGAUCACAACCUUUGCCGACAAUUGUCACUGAAGAUACUGAUCAAAAUGGACAAAAAUCAGAUGAUCAAGGUCACAGACCACGAGCUGGUACAUGGGGUUCACAUUCACGGCCUAUUAAAAAAUCAUCUGGUAGUGCACCUGGUUCUGGUAAAACAACACCAUUACCACAUCAAUCAUCAGAUCCAAUAUCAAAUUCUUCAAGUUCAAUGAAAAUACUUGGUAGAAAAAAAUCAGGAACACGUUCAAAUUCAAAUAGUAGAAGUAAUAGUCGUAGUAAUAGUAUAGAAAGACGUAAAAGUGGUGAUGAUACGGCUAGUCCAACAAGAAAAAAUGCAUUAUUUGAUGCAUUUAGACCAAGAAGUAAAUCAGAUGCUAGUAAAACAAGAAAACCCAGUAUUAUUGCUAAUAUUAAAAGUACUGUACAGUUAUUGCACAGAGGAUCACAUGGUAGUUCAACGUCUGAUGUUAGUACAGAUAAUAAUAAUAAAACAAAUAAAGAUCACAAAGAUCAUAAAGAUCAUAAAGAUCAUAAAGAAAAGGAUCACAAGGAUAAUAAAUCAAAUAAAGAUACAUGGAACAGACCAAGAUCUGGUUCUGAAAGUAGUAGAAAUCCAGUUAGUAAAGUUAUGGAUCUUAUUAGACAUCGUAGUCAUAGUGCACUUAAUUCAGAUGAUAAAAAAAAAUCGAGAGCAGCAUCUCAGCAUCAAAAUCAACAAUCAACACAGGGUGCAAUUAGACGUGGUUCACUUGAUCCAGUGCAAAGAAGGCUUUCACUUGGACCACCAGCAAUACCUCACAGAGCUUCUGAUGCUUGUCUAGAUCCAGUUCAUGCUGCAAUUUUAUUUAGAGAUGCCAGAGGGUUACCAGUGGUGGAUCCAUUUUUGGAAAAAGUAUCACUCUCUGAUCUUGAGGAAGAUGAAUCACAAAUAUUUGUUAAAUUUUUUAAAUUUCACAAGUGUUAUGAUCUCAUACCAACAAGUGCCAAACUCGUUGUCUUUGAUACUCAUCUUCUAGUAAAAAAAGCAUUCUUUGCACUUGUCUACAAUGGAGUUAGAGCAGCACCACUUUGGGACAGUUCUAGACAACAAUUUGUUGGUAUGCUAACGAUAACUGAUUUUAUUAAAAUACUUCAAAUGUACUACACAAGUCCAACAGUGACAAUGGAUGAACUUGAAGAACACGAAUUGGCAACAUGGAGAAAAGUAUUGAGUGAUCAAGUACAUCCUCUUGUUAGUAUCAGUCCAGAUGCAUCAUUGUAUGAAGCUAUUAAAACACUGAUAAUGAAUAGAAUACAUAGAUUGCCUGUUAUUGAUCCUGAUACUGGUAAUGUUUUGUACAUUUUAACACACAAAAGGAUACUCAGGUUUUUGUUUCUCUAUAUUCAUGAAUUACCAAAACCAUCAUUUACCAAUAAAACACUCAAAGAAUUAAAAAUAGGAACAUUUGAAAAUAUUGAAACAGCAACUGAAGAAACUAGUAUAAUUUUAGCAUUAAAAAAAUUUGUUGAAAGACGAGUAUCAGCAUUGCCAAUUGUUGAUACUGAUGGUAAAUUAGUUAAUAUUUAUUCGAAAUUUGAUGUUAUUAAUUUAGCUGCUGAAAAAACUUAUAAUAAUCUUGAUGUGUCAUUGAGAGAAGCAAAUGAACAUAGAAAUGAUUGGUUUGAAGGUGUUCAAAGUUGUAAAUUAAAUGAAACAUUAUUUACUGUUAUGGAAAAAAUUGUCAGAGCAGAGGUUCACAGAUUAGUUGUUGUUGACGAUGAUGACAAAGUUAUUGGAAUUAUUUCACUUUCUGAUUUAUUAUUUUAUCUAGUUCUCAGGCCUUGUGGGGAAGACAGCACAAGUACCAAAGGUAGUUCAAUAUCAUUACGUGCUCAAGAUUCAAUAAAUUCAACAAAAGCACCAAAUGAUGAUAAUGAUGAUGAUGAUGGUAAUGGUGGUGGUGAUGAUGAGCAGGAUAAUGAUAUUGAUAAUGAUAAAAAUAAUCAACCAGCAACACCAAGCCCACCAUUGAGUCCAUCUGUAUCUCAUAUAUCAGAACCACAAACUGUACUGGCUGUUAACAAUUCACCAGAAACAACGUGGCGUGAAGUUGCUGUUUCUGGUGGUGAAUAAUUAAUUAUAUUUAAAUGUGUAUUUCAAACAACAGAAAAAAAAGAAUAUUUUUGUUUUUUUUUUAAAUUGUUAUUAUAAUUUUUUUAAAUAUUAUUUUUCAAAGUAGCAACGAACACACAUAAACCACUUACUUCUGCGCUCUUCUUAUUUGUAAAACGUGCGUCCAAUUAAUAGUUGUCGCUUAUUGUCGUCUUACAUUUUGACUGUAUAUUUUAUUAUUAUUUUUUUUUUUGCGAUAUGUCUAGUCGGUUUAUCAUUUUUUUUUUUUAUUACCGACAACAAUUGAUGAUUCAAACGGGCGUUAUUUAUUAACUUCGUAAUUGUAUAAAUGAAAUUAUAUUUAAAACAAAUAAUACAAAGUGCUUGGCUGCGUAUUGAGCUGCGAGUGAUAACAUGUAUAGAAACAAAAAAUAAAAAAAUAAAUAGUAAUAAAUAAUAAUAAUAAUAUUAAUAAUAAUAAUAAAACUUGCGCAGCAAUAUUGAUUUAUUUGUCACUGAUUUAUUGUUUUACUUUUUUUUUAUUUUUAAAUAUAUAUAACAACACUAUUGAUGGUUCAUUGAACCUGAUUGUGUUGAUCACGCAAAGCCUAAUAAAUUUUGUUAUUUAUUUUCUUUUUUUUAAUAAUAAUUAAGAGACAUUGUCAUGAUUUUUUUGACUUGUCUUGUUUACCUUUGCAUAUUAUAAAAAUUAAAAAAAGUAAAGCUUUAAUUGAUGUGAAUGGCAAUGAUUAAAAUGUAUUGACUUGUGAUAGCAUCCAUGAGGAUGAUAGUUUUUUUUUUUUUUUUUUUAAUUAUAUUUAUUGGCCAAUGAUUUAUAAUAAAAUAAAAAAAUCUAAUAAAAGGGAUUUCCCACAAAAAUAUACCAAGACGUGUAAAUAUAAUCCCAAAUUGUCUGAAUUUAAUUAUUUUUUUUUUGUUUUUUUAAAUGAAAAAUUUGUAAUUUUUAUUAAAAUAAUCGUGAUGACGAAAAGUGAAUAGAUCCAUCAUGACUCGAUAAUUUUGUUUUUUUUUUUUUUUAUAGUGUGCAGUAUGAUUAUGAAAAUAAAAAUGAAAUAUCUGUAAGAAAAAUUAAUAAAAAAAAAAAAAAGAAAAUGUAUAGUAAAAAGUCAUGGAUAAAUUUAAAAAAUUAAAAAAAUAAAAAUGGCUGUAGAAAUUAUAUUGAGCAAGUGUGUAGUCUCAUUUGAACGUUGUUUUUUUUUCGAUUUUUUUUUUUGCAUCUCUU